AUAAAUAUUUUUCUUUUCAGUUUUCCAUGAAAAUAUCACUGAUAUGACUGGUACUAUCACAAGUCCUGGAUACCCAUCGUUCAUGUGGCAAUCUGACUAUCGUUUGACAUUCAUGCCAAAUCUGACWCAAGGACGAGUAGUUCUUUAUUUUGAUGAACUAGAUCUACGGCGGGAUUGUCCAUAUAUAGGCAAUGGCAGUAUGAAUUACACCAGUAGAUGUAACAGUAGUGUUUACAUCCAACAAUCAGGAAAAUUGUAUAGCAACAGCGUUUAUAAUCGAUUCGUGGAAGUGCUAAGUUUACCUCUACAAUUACGAUUUUAUUCAUCUUCUUCGACACGUGGCUGGGGAGGAUGGAGCAAAACUGGAAUGAGAGCCCGCUAUUUUGCUUACAGCACUCCGGUUACAGAGAAAAAUUGGACAAUAUCAUUAUCAAGCCGGAGAUAUGACAAAAUUACAGCUAGCUGGUCUCCGUUUUAUGUAACGGGAUACGAUAUUUUCGGAUAUUUGGUGUCCUGCAAAUCUGCACAAGAUUGGGCURAAGGAACAUUCUACGAAUUUGGAGAAAACAGUUCAAAAUCUGUGAAUUUUAAUGAGCUGAUCGGGUACACUAACUAUGAAGUGCACGUGUUGAUGAUGUUAAAUGAGAGAGAGACUGGGACGUCUGCGGCAUACAAGAGUUUAACAGCGUUAAUAACAACUCCUGAAUCAGUUCCUAGAAGUAGUCCUAAAGGAGUUUAUUCCACUAACAUAACAUCAACAUCAGCAGUUAUUGGAUGGCAGGAAAUCCCCAGAAAAGAUGCCCGUGGUGUUCUUCUUGGAUACAGAGUUCAGGUCUACAAUAGAUACACUGGCAGAUAUGGAAAAGAAAUAAUAACACAUGAUACAUCAGUGAUAUUAACGGAUCUUUCACCUGCUGCCUCAUAUCGAGUGUCCAUAAAAGGCUAUACUGCAGUUGGAUCAGGACCACGUGCAUACCAUAGCUUUACCACACUGAGUAAGAUUUUGAUGUCAAUGCAUCGAUAAUAUGUUCUUUUAAUGACCUGCUGAUGGAAAAAUGUUGAUGCAGCGGAUAACAUUUUUGUUUGUUUGAUCGCAACACCCAGAUCAUAAACACAUUAGAGUUUUCCGAUUUAGCGGAAUUUGAAUCCGAAAUUCCGAGCGCUAACAAUACAAAUUGAUAAUCGCUUUACAUCUGCAUAAUCACUUUACAUCUGCAUAAUCGCUUUACAUAAGUGACUUUAAAUUUAAGAAAUGGCCGAUCUAUUUCCAUGUAAAU